GGGGAAAACAAUACGCGUACUCAUGUGUUGUUGAGUAGUAAGUUUGCGUUUGUCUUCGGUCUCAAAUUCGUUUUAAAGGUGUUCGCUAAAAUAGAUGGAUGCUCUACACAGACAUCGCUCCAUGUACAAGGGUACUACUCCGCCAUGGAAAGAAACUUACAGGAAGCGCUGUGUGGACAGAUUAAAAAACAGUCGCUCACGGUUAUUGGAGAAGUACCGGCAAAUUGGAGGGACUCUACGCUGCGGAGCGGACAGAUCUUUCCUGGUCCAAGAAGUGAUGGAGGAGGAGUGGAAUGCGCUUCAGUCUGCCGACAGCAGAUUGCCCUCGCUCUGGCGUAAAGAUGGCAUUGGGGAGGUGUACAGUUUCAUGCAGGAGAGUGAUGAACUGGCCGUGCUUGAGGAGAUCCAGCAGGAGCUGGUUUCUCAAGAACUGUUGAUUAUUGAGGAGUUUGAGAAAAGCAUGCAGUACGAGGAGAGGUACUUAAACGCUGUAGUGGAAGGAAUGGAGGAAGAAGGACAAAUUGUGUGUCCGAUUUGUCGCAUGAACUAUCUGAUGGUGAACAGCCAUUUUACAUCAUGUCUGUGCGGGGUGUACAUCAACACAAGGCACAGGAACAUUACACCUACACACCUGCAGGCUCUCUUGGAGAGCAGGGUCACAGAGCACAUGGAGGAGUGUCUGCAUAAUCCAGUCUUCUCCAUGGCCAGCAGCACGGAUGGAUCUCCAAAUAUGGUCAUCAGUUGCCAGGUGUGCGACUACUUGUCAGUCGUUUUAUGAAGAUGCUCCAGAAACAGUCGUCUAUAGCGAAAAGUGUUGUACCUUCAAAUUUCAGUGUUUGGAAACUAGUAUUUAAUUUCUGUGAAAUAAAGAUAAUUUUUAAACGCAA